AUGUGGGCUUCGGCAGCGAUGCCGACGUUGCCAGGCUGGCGGCGACUCGGAUUGGAUUUUCGAGCGUCUCCGAGCUGGCCGGUGGCGAAGCAGAAGAAGGAAAGAAAAAACAAGCUUCUGCCGAGCUGGCAGUCAGAGAGUCGCGCAGGUGCUUGCAGCUGCUCCGACGCCUGCUCCGCGUCGGCUCGAUGGCAGGCGGGUCGGCGAGCCCUAUUGAUCGACGCGUCCAGCACGCGGUUCUUGCAUGCCAGCACUGGCAUCCGGCGCCCCGAAACGCAGGAUUGCAUUGGCAAACUUGCUGGCGUGCAGAUGGCGAACCGUCGGGUGCCUUGCCUCUGCUCGCUUGUGCUGCCGCCGCUCGCACCCUGCUCGACAGAUGUCGUUUGCCCAUGCACGCUCGUCCUCGGGGCUCGGGGCUCGGGGCUGCCGCAGCACGCUCUUGCUCCUAGCUCGACGCAGCCCAAAGGCCCUUUCAUCCUUGCCGAAUGCAUGCACCGUGGAACUCCCCAGUCGUCGUCGGAACAAUGA